AAAAGUUACACAAUUUCUCUGCAUGCAUGUCUGAAAUUAUGUAUCGCCGAUUUGAAGUUUAAUACUGUACAAUCAUCAAAGACCAGCAAAGAGUAAGAACCGUUUUGUCCCACUUCAUUGAUCUGAAUACCGACAAAUAAAGAGAUUUAAGGGGUGAACCAGGACAACUAAGUACAUCAUGGGAGGGUCUUUAUCCUCAUCUCCGACUGUCCAGGCUGCUACUGUCCAGAGUGUUCCAUCUGCAGGAGCUACGUCUCCACCGUCCGAAUGUCCCAUGCACCAGGGUGACUCUGUAACAGUACAGACCACUGCCAUUCCUGCAGAAUGUCCAAUGCACAACAAAGACACAUCUCCAUCAGCACCAGCUAAAGGGACUGCUGCAGACAUCCCACCUGAGUGCCCCAUGCAUGCAUCUACCGGUCAGGCAACCACUGGAUCAGGGGACGGAUGGGUCAGUGAGUGCCCAAUGUCGACUGGAACGAAUACAUUGGUUGUAGACAACAAGACCGAUGACAUUAAUCCAGCAAACAGGAUGCCUCCUCCAAAUCAAAGACCUGCCCCAGACCAGCCGUUCAGCCUCUCCACUGAUCGACAGACCUCCAGCAUCCCUCGGGCAGGAAAGGAUGAGAAUUGGGUGUACCCAUCUCAACAGAUGUUCUGGAAUGCCAUGUUAAGGAAAGGAUGGAGGUGGCAGUCAGAUGAAAUACAGCAGGAGGAUAUGCAUAACAUCAUCAAUAUCCAUAAUGCUAACAAUGAACAAGCUUGGAAGGAGGUGCUUAAGUGGGAGGCAAUGCAUGCCAAAGAAUGCCCCUGUCCUAAACUGGCAAGUUUUGGUGGACGUUACAAUGAUCUUUCACCCCGAGCUAAGAUGAGAUGCUGGAUGGGAUACGAGCGACCGUUUGAUAGACACGACUGGAUCGUCGAUAGGUGCGGUAAAAAGGUGCGAUACAUCAUUGACUAUUACGACGGAGGUACGGUGGAUAAGAAGACAUUUGAAUUUGCUAUCCUUGAUGUUAGGCCUGCUAUGGAUUCACCAGGCGCUAUGUGGGAUCGUAUGAAAGCUUCUUAUUGGAGGUUUCUCUACAGCAAGUAACUUUGCCAGAUUAAACUCUAUUAAAUGUCAUCGCUGGAAUAUUUGAAUUUGGUGCGGAUUGUCAGAUGUAUUGAAGAAAACACACAUUGGAAGAGAGGAAGAGUGACAUGCAUGGAUCCUACUGUGGCCUUUAUUAGAUUAUUUGCUCUGUUAGGUAAAAGGCAUAAGUUCUAAGUUGGAUGACUGUACUUAGAGAUCCAUAGUACACAAAUUUGCCUUCAACUUUUUUACUGAAAUGACAGCUCUAUCCAUACACUUCAGGAGAACACGGAAAGAGAGCAACUGUUGCCCCAUCUGUUGAUGCUGUCUUAUUUGCCAUUUUCUUUUGUUUACUACAUGCUAUUAUUUUAACAAUAACUUUGUUUAUUUAGCAGAUGAUACAUUUGGCAUACUCAUAUCAAGCUAUAUUGGUUUGUUGCAAAAUUGGCAGUAUUGUGUUUCAGAUAAUCGCAUUUAUUGUAUAAUUUCUCUCAGUCAUAUUACAGUAUGAUGAAAAUAAUUUUGGCUUAGAAUAUAUGUGCUGGUACCAGUAACUUCUUUUUUUUUUCAUUUUAUGAUUCUGCAGCAUGAUUGUGAAACUCUGCAGUACUUCUCUCAAGUGUCUUACUAAAGCUCUCUGUGUACUGGGGUCCGUUGCAGAUAGAGUUGCGUUUAACACAAGUAAAAAAAUCAAUCGCAAGUCCCAAAUGCGCACUGUUGAUUGGUUGGAAAUCAAGUUUCGCAUGAUUUUUAGAGUUGCGUUUGAUUGCAACUCUUUCUGCAACGGGCCCCAGGUCUACCACCUGAUAUUGGAACAAUGCAUGAAAUUUUCUGUUAACAGUGUGAAUUCUAGAUGUUGACAUUGCUGGCUUUCCAUAGCUAUGGUUGAUGGUUCACUUGCAACUCGUAAGAAGAUGGUCCAGGUUUUGAUGUUGUGUUGAUUUUGAUACUAGCCACAUGCAAACCACAAAACUUUGAAUAUUGCUUUAGCUUUGACUGACAUAC